GUUUAUCAACGCGGACGAAGCUGAAGAUGCAUAUGACGCACUGGAUGGGAAGAAGUUUGAUGGACGCUCUCUGAGCAUGGAAUGGGCUCGCGAGUCCGGUGGGAAUAGUAGGAGGGAUCGGGGAAGGAGUAGGAGCAGGAGCAGGAGGAGAAGCAGAAGCCGUGGAAGGAGAUCCAGGAGUAGAAGCAGGGGAGGAAGGUCGAGAAGCCGAGGCAGGGGCAGGAGAAGUCCAAGUCCUCGAAGGAGAAGUCGAAGUCCCAGAAGAAGAAGUCCUAGUCCCAGAAAAAGAAGUCCAAGUCCCAGAAAGAGGACUCCAAGUCCUCGCAUGAGAAGUGAGAGAAGAAGCAGGAGCUAAAUAUAAUCCUUGUCUAUCAAACAUCAAACUCUGCAGAAGAUCGUGUUUAUAUUACGUUUUAAAGAAAAUUGUUCCAGCUAAAUAUUUUGAUAAUAAUUCAGAAUUAAAAUUUUAUGUUGGUAAAUGCUGAAUAAGUAAUUGUGUGUCAUGAUAAUAUUUCAAUUUUUUCUUUUUUGGAAAAUAAAAAAAAAUUGUUUUAUU